AUAGUUGUAUUUCAAUUCCAGGGGUAGUUUUCGUCAAGGUGAUAAUAUACUGAUACCAUCAUCUACCGUAGUAUCGUGUUCAUGAUUAUGUUAUGACGUAAGUCUAAAUACAACUACGACAACGUCCACUUGAAUGUUUUUUUUGUUCCGCUACGACCAGAGGCGAGUUCUAUUCUUAUAGCAAUUCCAGGAUUGGGUGUGACGUCAUUAGGUGGGCGUAUGCGUUAGCAACAUCAACAAAGAGAAAAACGAGAAAAUAAAAGAGAAAGAGGCCUGACUGACUGCAGGAAAACCAGAAGGAAUACAACCGAUAUGUGGAUCUAAUUUGCCGCAGCAACAUUUUGAGGACUCGAGAAAAACAGCCCCGCCCCCUCCCAAGGUUAGGAUUGAAAAGGUCAGCCCCCCGGUUGCCUUCCAUGAAAUCAAGAAGACUCUGCACUCUACGCAACCUUCGGAGCGUAUUUUGUGUGUGCGUUUCGUCGUUUUUCCUGUCUGGGGCUCAGAAGGCGAAGCUGUGGGAAAGCUGUGGGAAGUGGGCCGGGCUCCGGGCUCCGGGCUCCGGGCUGUUGGGUGUCACUCCUCCCCUCUGAAAGCGGGUCAACUAUCGAGACCAGACAGAUCAGUGACAACACUGAGAAGACUCGAGUGCCAGCCGAGACAUGGAUGCCUUGAAACUGAUGAAGGAGCUGCGGGCGAACUAUGAGCUGGAGGUCUAUUAUCUCCCGAAGGAGACAGGCCUGAGUCUCAUUGAGUCCACCGAUCAGAGCGACGGGCGGAUCUCAGCCAAGUGCAGAGAUGCCAAAGUGGAGGACUUAUGGAGUCUGACCAGCUUCUUUGGCUACAGCACGCAGACCUUCGUCCUGGCCGUUAACCUGCUUGACAGAUUCCUGGCCAUGAUGAGGAUCCAACCAAAGCACUUGUCCUGCGUCAGCUUGAGCUGCCUCCACAUGGCCGCCAAAGCGACGGAGGAGGAGUGCGACCUCACGUCCGCGGACGAGCUCAUCCGCAUCGGGCAGUGCCGCUUCAGCGUGUCCGACCUCGGCCGCAUGGAGAAGAUCAUCGCGGAUAAGCUCGACUUCGAGUCCAACUCCGUCACGGCCUUGACCUUUCUGCACCUGUACCAUCAGAUCGCACUGUCGCACUCCACAGAGAGGAAGGAGACGUUGAGCCUGGCGAAGCUGGAGGCUCAGCUUAAAGCCUGCCUGUGCCGGAUCUCCUUCUCCAAAGCUAAGCCUUCCGUCCUGGCCUUGUCCCUCCUGAGACAGGAGAUCGAAGCCGUUCGGUCGGAGGACAAGCUGGAAAUAGCCCAUCACAUCCAGAGGCACCUGAAGAUUGCAGACGGUGAACUCCUGCUGUGGCGUGGUCAAGUUGCUCAGUGCCUGUCGGACUACGCCUCGCCAGAGUGCAGCAAGCCCAAUCAUAAGAAACUCCAGUGGAUCGUGUCUCGCAGGACUGCCCAGAACCUGCACAGCAGCUACCGCAGUGUACCCGAGCUGCCCACCAUCCCCGAGUGCUGUUGGGAUGAGUGUGAGAGUGAGGACAUGAUGAGUUCGGGCGAGGACUCCCUCAGCAGCUCACUGGGCAGCGAUGGCGAAGGGCCGUUCUUUCCAGCGCACCUCCGCCAAUACCUCGACGCCUGAUGCCUCCGCCGUACGUCGCUGUGCCUCGCCCCACCCCAAAAAUGUAACUUUUAAUUUAUUGUCUAAUUCGCUCCGGUGCUAGAAGUGAAUGAAUUGCACAACAACUGGCAGCUGAGCAGACAGGAGUUUCUAGAUGUUUUGUUCGAUGUGUUGGUGGUACAAGGUACAUUCCAAGAUACACAAUUGGUAGAAGACACUCUGGUUGGGGUGCAAGAACUGCACCAGAUCAGAGGGGGAAAAAAACAUGGCCUGCUUGUUGUUGUCAAGAACUUAAAUUGACCAAAAUGUGGCAUGUAUUGAAAGUGUUGACUGUUAUUAAUAAAAGAUGAGUCGGUUUACUGAUCCACACAAGUUGAGGGCAGCUGCAAUUCUAAGUAUCAGGACUUGAUUUAGUUGCGCUUCAAACCCCCCCCCCCCAAUACAAAAAAUGUAUCAUUUAGUCCAAAUUCUAACAAGUACUGACACGUUGACUGAAAAUACACUGACAUCAAUAAAGGUAGAAAAUAAUGACAUGUGACCAUUUAGUUGCAAAUAAAUGUCCAGAUUUGACGGAAUAUUUUGACUGCAACUGCCCUCACCUUCCAACUUUAUUUGCACGGUUUAUUUUUGUAGUUUGUGUGUUGUAAGCAGUAUGUCGUUGGGGAAAACAGACGUGUGACAAAUGUUUUUUUGUAAUUAUUAUUCAACAUUUUUGUUGAAACUCUCCUGAGGCCAUUUGCUCAAAGUUGAGCAAGCAGCACCGACUCUCCCUGGAGGGUCAAAAACACGGUUAACUCAUUUAGUGACGAUGUGCGUGUGUUUGUUCAUGUUUGUUUGACCCUGAGUUUAAAGUUGCCAGUUUCGGGAUGUAGCUUCAAAAACUUGUUUUUAAUAUUGUCCAAGAGGAAUGUGUGGAACAAACUAAUGCCGAGUUAAAAGUUGUAUUAAAAAAAAAAAAAAAAAAAAAGUACAAAAACACAAAGAAAAAUGUAAAAUUGUAAAUGAUGUACAAAAAAAAAAAUCUGUUUAUAGUUCCGUUGUAGAUAUUACGUUAAUUUAUUUUGUCACAUGUACUGAACAAAACAUCUUAUAAAAAAGGUUCCUUUUAAACUCU